UUAGUCUCUAUCUCGGGGACGACGCUUCAAUUGAUUUACGAUCAAUAUUUUACUCACGCGUCUCAUGGACGCUCGACGAUCGGCGUUAUUUUCCAUAGGAUUCGCCACCUAGAGCCGGUAGCGUAGGUAUCGGUUCGAAUUUCUCAAAAGCCUUUAAAUAACGCUUUUGUAAACGCGACGAUCGACGGCUCCGAUCCUCCCCGUGUAAGCGAGUCCCGCUCGUGCACGGAGUGAGCGCAGUUGUGUCACUCCCUCUCUCGUGGCUCACGCAUCCCGACAUUUUCUCCCGCGAAUUAGAGUAGGAGGCAACGAGAGGAGCGUCUCUCUCGUGUGCUCAUCCAGUGGCAACGAGCGCGACUCUCCACUGUCUGCGAUCAGUGUCUAUAAUAUACUCUAGUGAAUAUAUACACACACACACAACACGUACAUCAAACUCCGUAUUGUUGCCGUUGCUAUCAACUGCGACACGCACUCCAACUGCCAAAAACGAGGAAAAAACCUACCACCAGUGUUCGCGAUCAUCCAAAUUAUUCAAAAUGAGUUCUAACAACAUUUGCGACAUUGAUGAUGAAGUAAUUGGUGCUUUAAAGGAUUUCAGAUUCAGAAAAAGCCAGCAAAAUGCUGCACUUGUCUUAAGAAUUGACAGAGCAAAGCAAAAAAUUUGCUUCAGCGAACUUAUUGAGGGCAUUGAAAUAGAAGAGUUACAAGAUAUCAUUCCAGAACAUGAACCACGAUACAUUGUCUACAGCUACAAGAUGGUUCAUGAUGACGGAAGAGUUUCGUAUCCCAUGUGUUUCAUAUUCUACACUCCAAGAGAUAUUCAAAUGGAGCUUCAAGUACUCUAUGCUGGUAUGAAAUUAGUUUUGCAGCGUGAAGCUGGAUUAACAAGAGUAUAUGAAGUUCGUGAACUUGAAGAGUUGACAGAAGAGUGGCUCAAAGAGAAUUUAAGUAGGUAGAAGACUAAAUUUACCUAAACAAAUUUCUACCACUUUUUAUGUCACAUACGUGUACUGUAUUUGAAAAUUUUUCAUGUUCUACAGCAUUUAUAGAUGUAAUUAAAAAUAUUUCUACAAUUAUUGACUAUAUAAUACUCAAUCUAAGGUUAAGCAACUAAAUUUUAUAUUUAUACAAUUAGCAAUUUAAUUAAGAAAAUAAGUGUAUUGUUGAAUGUUGAAUUUAAUUGUAAAA